UUAAAGUGUAUAACGAAGCAAAGUGUCUCUUCUUAGUUCAUAUGACAAGAAAUUUAUUAUGAACAUUGUAACAUACGAUUUCUGAGUUGCUUUUAAGCGAUGUCGACUAAGGGAAAAUUUUUGCUAUUGGUGAUGAUUAUAGUGCUUAACUCGGCAUUUGGCCAAAUUGCUCGGCUUCUUGAUCCAUCGAAAUGCUUUUUUCAAACAAAUUGCAUCGAUUGCCUGGAUAUAGAUAAAGAUUGCGCUUGGUGUACAGAUGAAUUGUAUGAAAUGCGUAAAUCUCGCUGUAUGCCGAAACACGAUCUGUUGAUAUCGAACUGUAAUGCAUCUAAAAUUGAAACAAACGAAAAUUAUUACUACGAAGAAAUUACACAUAACGAACCACAUCGUGAUUUUGAUGCAGAGAAGCUGGAAGCCGUUCAAAUAACUCCUCAAAAAAUGCGAAUACGCCUCGGAAAACUGUCUUCGAGAACAUUUUCUUUUAAGUACAAAGCGGCAAACAACUAUCCUCUUGAUAUGUACUACCUGAUGGAUCUAACUUGGUCCAUGCGAGACGAUAAAGCAACGCUGGAAAAAAUGGGUAGUCAACUAGCCCUGGCACUGGCAAACCUCACUGCCAACUACAGACUAGGAUUUGGAAGUUUUGCUGACAAACCAGCAGUGCCUUUCAUUCAAACCGAACCGCAUCGUUUGGCCAAUCCUUGCUACUCAGAAAAUAACCAGUGUGAACCAACUUACGGGUUUCGCCACCAUUUGAGGAUCACGAAUGACAUAGAGAGCUUCAUCGCGCAGGUUAAGCAAAGCAGUGUCACCGGAAACAUCGACAAUCUUGAAGGGGGCCUCGAUGCUCUAAUGCAAGUACUGGUGUGUGAAAACCAAAUCGGUUGGGGUAACAAUACACGAAAAAUUGUGGUCGUGGCCACCGAUGGCUGGUUGCAUAUGGCAGGGGAUGGAUUGCUCGCCGGAAUUAUACGGGAGAAUGACAAACAGUGCCAUUUAUCGGCGGACGGAAACUUUGUCGAUGUGCUAAAAUACGAUUACCCUUCGCUAGAACAAAUUUGGCGCGUCUUGUUGCGGUCCAAAACGGCUGUAAUUUUUGCUAUAACCGAGGAGCAAGAAACUUACUACAAGCGCCUACGUGAAUUAAUGCCAGAAUUUACCAGCGUCGGUCGACUGCAGGACGAUUCUUCCAACAUACUGCAGCUGGUUAAGGAUGGUUAUCAGGAAUUUGUAAGGCGAGUAGAGUUUACGGAUAAUGCCCCUGAUUAUAUUGACUUACGAUACACCACUGAUUGUGGUGGAAUGUAUAUGACACCGCAACCAAUCAAUCGAUGCGAGAACAUCGAAAUAGGCAAAGAGUACAAGUUCAAUGUUGAAGUGCGAUUGUUAGAGUACCCCAAGGACCUAUCUGACAUAACCGUCCUCAUAGAGGAAAAGCUGAUCAGCAAUGAAGCCUUCGAACUUCAAAUAAAUUUACGAUCAACGUGUGACUGCGAAAAGAAUAAAAAUGCUCUAGAGUUAAGUGAAUUGUGCAGCUUUCAUGGGGACUAUAUUUGUGGUUUGUGUCAAUGUUAUGCCGGAUGGAUCGGAAAAACGUGCGAGUGCAACUUGCAGAAUUCUUUAAACCGCAAAGAACUCUUUGAGCAGUGUGUGGCGCCUAUUGACAAGGAUGAGUUACAGAGUGGUCCUGUUUGUUCUGAUCGUGGUGAAUGUGUGUGCGGACAGUGUAUUUGCAAUCCAGGCUACACGGGGGAUCAUUGCGAAUGUACAAACUGUACCAUAAUGGACGGCAAAGUAUGUGGAGGUCAGGAUCACGGAGUUUGUGCUUGUGGCAAAUGUAGUUGCUAUGAUUCUUGGCGUGGUGACAAUUGUGAGUGUUCGACAGAAACCAGCACUUGCAAAGCACCGCUUAGUAGCGCUAUUUGUUCUAAUCACGGGUUUUGUGACUGUGGUCGUUGUAAUUGUAACGAAACAUUUUUUGGCCAAUAUUGCGAAACUAAAGUCGGUGAACAAUCAACGCUUUGCUCGCAUUAUGAAGAAUGCGUUCGGUGUGCAGUGCACACAAAAAAUGAUCUCGUUUGCAAGGACUUCGACAUGCGGUGUCGUGAGAAAAUUGGCCUUUACAAGGUAGACUUCGUAAAAACAGUGGAUGUAUGUUCUUUAUUUUUAGCUUCGCACAACUGUACGUUUCGAUUUAGCCACGAAGAGAAUGUUUGCGAUUACAAAUACUCGUAUGAACUUAUUGAAAAUCAGCUCACUUUGCUCAAAGUACAAGAUAUAAUUUGCAAACAGGUUGAUUUGGUUACUGCAGGUUUAACUAUUGCAAUUUCAAUUUUCAUCGGUGGUCUGAUGUUUCUGCUUUGCUACCGAUUGAAGAUUACAUACGACGAUCGAAGAAUGUUUGCGAAAUUUGAGGAGGAAAGGGAGCAGCAUACCCAAUACCGCGAACAAAGUCCUAUUUACAAGUCCCCAAUUAGUGAGUUUAAAGUUCCCCCAGAAAUGGAAUCAACCGUCUUAUAAAACACUUAGAGAAAUUAUUAUACAAGUAUUAGUAUUAUUAUUUCUUCAAGAGCAAUUUACCAAAAUGAACAGAGUUUUGUACGUGUUAGCCUUGUUUCGAAAAUAUUGAACCAUCCUAGAAGCAGCACCGACGAGAAAAAACUGCGUUCACUAGAACUACGACUGUUGAUGAUGCAGUUAAAAAGCGAUAUGAUAUCCGCGUACAAUCGCUACACGUUACUUUACAAUUAUUAAUUGGAAUAUUAAUUACACUAGAAGUCGAGUUUGUGGUUCGAGCCGUUCACGUGUCUUUUUGCAAUUCUGUCGUCAUACUCCGUACAAAUCUGGUAAACACAAAGAGUUUUUUCAUUUUGUUAGCUAAACUAACUGUUUUCUAUUUAAAGUGCGUUGAGAACGUUUAAACUUCAAACUGACUAAGAGUGCUUAAGUUCAAAUUUUAUGAUUCGACGGAGACUUGUUUAAAUUGUAUCCAGCGUAAACGGAAAAUUAGGAAGACAGUUAUUUUUGUAACAAAAAGAACAACUACUGAUAAAUAAGACUCGGUCCGUUCUUCUAAGAUUAAAAAAG